UUAAAUAUAAUUCUAAUUUCUAUGCAUCUUAGCAGUUGCUUGAAAGUGUAUAUUUUUAUGGUGACUAAUACAUUUGAGAAGGCUAAUGUAAAUAAAUUCAGAUAACUUAAGAUAGUAAUUGGUAAUACCAAAAUAAACUCUUUAAAAUUGUUAGUAAAGCAAUAUAUAUAAUUUAGCUUCUUGUACCGCUUUGAAGUAAGCAAGUGUUUUUUAGAAGUAAAGUCUUGGAGACAAUGAUUAAUUAGAAGUUUAUAUUCCACUAACUUAAUAGAUUGACCUCGUGACAAAUAGACAGUUCGCGGAUACGAAUUUUUUGAUACAUGAAUCUACGUAUUAAACAUAGAUGCUCGUAUUAGGGAAGAUGAUCACUCAGAUUGCUAGCAAACACUCAAAAGAUCCCCAUCAGAAAUUCAGUAUUCACCCUAAAGUAUACUAUUUAGAGGUGUACUAUUUUUGAAAUAUAUCUUUAUAUUUGUAGAAUGAAGCAGUAUUUUUUAUUAUUUUUAUUACUGACUGGUACACUUGCAGCUCCUCAAAAGCCAGCUGUACCAGGUGUAGCGUCCCCAUUACCACAUAACAAGGGUCAAAUCCCAGCAUUUGUUGAAACUCCCGUUGAAAGCUGUCCUCCAGGCUACGUUAUGGAACAUGGAGUUUGUGUUCAAAGAAUCCAAGUGCCUCAAAUCCCAUUCUGCCAAGAACCUGCAAUCUAUCAUGAAGGUCACUGUUUAAUUGUUACAGCUCCAUUGAAGCAAUGUCCUCCAGGGUAUGAGAUAUCAGGAAAACAGUGCACAAGAACUAAAACAGCACCUCAACAGCCAUCUUGUCCACCUGGGACGACUUUGCAAGGCAAUGAAUGUAUAUCAAAGCAUGUUAUUGAUACUGUAUGCCCACCAGGGUUUGUUGAUAAUGGACGUGAUUGUGUAGCAUUUUCUCCACCUGAUAAAUCUUGUCCUCCAGGUUUUACAUUUUCAGGAAAGCAGUGUGUACAGUCUGAUACUGCACCUCCCAACCCUGAAUGUCCUCCUGGGACUGUAUUGGAGAAUGGAACAUGCAAACUCAUUCAGCAAGUAGAUACUAUAUGCCCACCUGGGUUUGUUGAGGAGGGAAAUAGAUGUGUUCAGUAUUUGCCAGCAAACAAAAUAUGUCCACCAGGUUUUAAUCUAUCUGGGCAGCAAUGUAUGGCACCUGAAUCAGCAGAAUUAGAAUCAACUUGUCCUCCAAAUACCAUAUUGGAGAAUGGAAAGUGUAAAGUCAUUAAAAAUGUAGAUAUGGUAUGUCCCCCAGGUUAUACAGAUUCUGGAGAUGAAUGUGUACUUUAUGUGGCUCCAGCUAAGGAGUGCCCUCCAAAUUUCACACUGCAAGGGUUGCAAUGUGUUCAAACGAACACCGCAUCAACACAACCAGUAUGUCCACCAGGAACUGUGUUACAAGAUAAUGCAUGUGUAUCAGUACAGUCUAUUGAUGCAAUUUGUCCUCCAGAGUACUUAGAUAAUGGUAAAGAUUGUGUAAAGUACUCACCUGUUACCAAAGAUUGUCCACCUGGAUUCCUAUUAUCUGGAAAUCGAUGUGUACAGUUACAAACAGCUCCAACAGAGUUGGAAUGUCCACCUGGAACUGUACUGAAAAAUAAUGAGUGUCAGUCUACUGAAAGAGUUGAUACAAUAUGUCCUCCUGGUUUCUUAGAUAAUGGUCAAGACUGUGUUCAAUUUGCGGCCCCAGAAAAGUCGUGUCCACCUGGAUUUUCUUUAUCAGGAAAACAAUGUAUUCAGACUGAAACUUCUCCAAGAAAUCCUUUGUGUCCUCCAGGAACAACUAUGGAAGGUAAUACCUGUGUUGCAGUUGAGCUUAUUGAUGCAGUUUGUCCACCAGGAUUCCUUGAUAAUGGAUCUGAUUGUAUUCAAUUUGCCCAGCCCGAAAAAGAGUGCCCAGCUGGUUUUGUUUUAACUGGUAAACAAUGCAGUCAAUCCACUCAAGCUUCACCACAACCUGAGUGUCCACCUGGUACAACUCUCGUAAAUGGACAAUGCCAAAGAGUUGAAAAGAUCAAUUUAGUUUGUCCUACAGGAUUCUUAGACAAUGGUGCAAAUUGUGUUUCCUUUUCAGCUCCAAGUAAAGAAUGCCCUCAUGGAUAUGUACUUAACGGGAAUCAAUGUGAGCAAAUACGUGAAGUACCUUUAGUUCCUGAGUGCCCACCUGGGUAUACACUACAAGGAUCACAAUGUACAGCUGUAAAAAUGAUUGAUGCAAUUUGUCCAGAUGGAUUCUUACCUAAUGGAGAUAAUUGCAUACAAUUUUCUCCAGCUUCAACUGUCUGUCCUACUGGAUUCUCAUUUCAAGGACAACAAUGUGUACAGUCCACACUCUCACCCAAGUCUCCAGAAUGCCCUCCUGGCUCAGUUUUGGAUGGAGAUUCUUGUGUCAGGCUUGUACCAGGUUCUCUUCAAUAUGUUUGCCCAGCUGGUGUGAGAGAAGGUGAUGUUUGUGUUGAGAGAAAAACUAGUUCUCCUUUGUUUGAAUGCCCACCUGGUUAUUCUAUAGAAAGCGGCAAGCAGUGUGUUAGAAGAAGUCAAUAUGAUUGUUCAAUAACAACAUAUGUUACAGAGUGUCGUACACCAGAUGUAAAGGCUCUAAGACGUCUUGCUGCUAAGGAUUCAACAUCAUUUGCAUCUGUACAAGAAGGGGUAGAUUCCCACAGUCACAACCAUGGUCAUACACAUCAUGUACAUGGUCACACACAUCAUGUACAUGGACCUGCACCAACUAUUCAUACACAACAUCACAAGGAGGCGCCUCGUCCAAUUUGUGAGGAUGUACCUAAGAUUACACCAAAGACAUGUACAAAAGCCGACUCAUUACCUGCUGUCCCUAUUUGUGAAGAUAAUUCUGAAUUAGUUGGAAAGGAGUGUGUUUUGACAACUUAUUAUCCUCUAGAGGCAAUAUGUCAAGAUGGAACUCGAUCUAAAGAUUGUGCUAAGUUUGUGAAAAUACCUCCUACAUUAAAGUGCCCAUCUGGUACUACUGAUGUAGGGAAUCAAUGUCAAAAGAGCCAAUACGCACCUUAUGAUCUUGCCUGCCCGGCUGGAUUUUCCCUUGUUGGAGAUAAGUGUGCAACAACAAGAGAUAGAAUUUGUCCAAAUGACAACUGUGAAAAGGUGGUUACUGCAGCUCCAUCUCUAACUUGUCCUCCAGGUUACCAUCAGAUAGAUGGUGUAGUUGAGACAAAUUAUAGUCACCAUCAUCGUCAUCUUGCGGCUGCUCAAUCAACUGGUCAUGGCUAUAAUAAUCAUCAUCAUAGUCAUGGUCACCAUCAUGCUUACCCCGCUGCAGCUCCAGUUCAAGUACCAGUACCAGUUCAAGUACCAACACCAGUUCAAGUACCAGUACCAGUUCAAGUACCAACACCAGUUCAAGUACCAACACCAGUUCAAGUACCAGUACCAGUUCAAGUACCAACACCAGUUCAAGUACCAACACCAGUUCAAGUACAGACACAAAUGAGGUGUAUUCAUGCUGACCAUGCACCAUACACACUUCAGUGUCCAACUGGAGCACGUCUCAUUGCUGAUAAGUGCGCAACUUAUGCAGAUAAGAUAUGUCCAAAUGGGAAUUGUGAACGUGUAUACAAUGAACCAGCUGCUUUAGUCUGUCCUCCAGGAUUUACAUCAACAAAGUCACAGUCUUCAUUAAGUGGACUUAGUCAUCACCAUAGUCAUCACCAAAGACCAUCUGCUGAAUGUAUAAAAACAAUAUUUGCACCAUAUUUGUUGAGUUGCCAAUUACCAUUUGUUCUGGAAGGUGAUAAAUGCGCUCAAAAAACAGAAAAAGUUUGUUUGCAAGGGGAUUGCAAACGUAAUGUUGUAGUAAAUCCAACAUACACAUGUCCUCCAGGAUUUAGAAAUGCUCAUGGUAUCCAAACAGCAAUUACUUCGAGUAAACAUGGAGGUCAUCAUACAAUCGUCCCAUCAGCUGAGUGCGUCAAGACUACAUUUGAUGAAUACCUACUUGUUUGUGCUCCAGGUUUUGUAUUACUUGGAGAUAGAUGUGCCCAGUUUACUAAUAAGAUAUGUCCUAAUGGAAACUGUGAACGUCUUAUUACUCAGCCUGCUGCUGUAGUAUGCCCACCUGGGUAUUCAAAACCUCAAGCUGGUAUUUCUGUACAAGGGAACUCACAUGGAAAUAGUGGUCAUGGUCACCACCACUUAUCAUCCCAAGAGUGUACAAAGCAGAUAUACUCUCCAUAUGACCUUUCUUGUCCGGCAGGGUACGAAAUUAUUGGAGAUAAGUGUGCUAUUCAUACUGCCAAGGUAUGCCCUGAUGGCAAUUGUGAACAACUAGUUAGAUCUCCACCAACUAUGGAGUGUCCACCAGGAUUUUAUAGACCUCAGGCAGGUAUUACUGUAAGAUCACAUGGUCAUAAGGCGAGUGGUGUUAGUCAGUGUUUGAGAAAUAUAUAUGAACCUUAUUCAUUACAGUGUCCCAAUGGUUUCCGCUUACUGGGAGAUAUGUGUCAACAAUCUGCAGCAAAGGUUUGUCCAAACAACAACUGUGAAAGAGUUAACUUUAUAACACCAAUAUUAUCUUGCCCACCAGGCUUUGAACGAAGUGGCCAAAGAUGUAUAACUAAUGAGUAUGCUGAUUAUGAACUCGCCUGUCCUCCAGGCUUAGUAGUUGUUAGUGACAAGUGCGCCAAAUACACAGAUAAAGUUUGUCCAAAUGGAGAUUGUGAUCGUGUGAAAACAUUCCCACCUGAACUUGUCUGUCCCCCAGGAUAUACAAUGGAAUCUGGAGUAGCUGCUGGAAAUCCUAAGAAUAUAGCGGUCUCAUCUCAUUCAGGUCACCAUCAUUCAUUAGGACAUCAUCAACGUUCGGUCAUGGCACCAACAAAUAUUGUGAGGACAACAGUCUGCAUAAGAGAAGUGUUUGCACCUUACUCUUUGAGUUGCACGUCUGAUAGUCAAUUAUUGGGAGAUAGAUGCGCCAGGUAUGCACCUAAGGUGUGUCCAUCUGGUGGAUGUGAAAAGAUCGACACUACACCUUUAAUGUCAAGUUGUCCAGCAGGCUAUGUUACAGAUCGCGAUGGAACGUGUUAUAUUGUUGAAUAUGCUCCUUUUGCACUUACUUGUGCUGAACCAUACACACUAUUUGACAAUAAGGAAUGCGUUCUUGUUACAAAACCUGAUAGCAAAUGCCCUGAAAAUACAGAAAAGACACCAACAGGUUGUAUCAAGAAAGUUAUUACUACUCCAAUUGUUUCGUAUGAAACUACCUGUAUAGGGCCAAGCUGUGAUGCAGCAGCUUAA